AUGGCUAUGGAGGUGAGGACCCAACUGGCUGACGAUCCACUGAUGAGGCCAAGGGCUGAGCUGAAGCCUGAGAAGAAGUCAGGGCACAGGCCAAGGAGCCACGGGGACAGCGGGCCACAGAAAGAACCGAUGAUCCCAGGGAUCGUGGAUUUUGAGCUGAUCCGGGAGGCACUGAAGACCCCCAAGCCCCAAACCCCUGGCGCCUACCACUUUGGCCGCCUCAGCCACCACUCCUUCUUCUCCAGACACCACCCCCACCCCCAGCACGUGACCCACAUCCAAGAUCUCACCGGCAAGCCUGUCUGUGUCGUCAGGGACGAGUUCUCUCUGGCCCCCCUACCUCAAGCCACAUUCUUAUCCCGCUAUCUGAUGGGGAUGCCCACCGUCUCUCUCCCUAUCGGAGACCCACAGUCCAAUCGGGACCCUCGGCUUUCUUCUGAGGCCUGGAAGAAGGAGUUGAAGGACCUGGCUUCCCGGGUGGCCAUCUUCACCAAGGAGAACGAACUGAAGAACAAAGAGAAGGAGGAGCCUCAGCGGGAGCAGGGGGCAAAGUACUCGGCUGAGACCGGUAGGCUUAUCCCCGCUGCCACCCUAGCUGUCAGCCGCCGCCACUCCCGCCAGGGCCGGCAGGACAACCCUUCCAGCAGAGAUGGAGGAGUCCAGACCUUUGUGCUGCAGGAUCAGGAGCUGCUGAUCCUGGAGCUCCUUUGUCAGAUCCUGCAAACAGACUCCCUGAGUGCUAUCCAGUUCUGGCUACUCUCCGCUCCCCCCAAGGAGAAAGACCUCGCACUCGGGCUCCUGCAGACAGCGGUGGCUCAGCUCCUUCCCCAGCCCCUAGUCUCCAUCCCUGCAGAAAAACUGCUGAACCAGCUCCAGGAAGUCCAAGAACCACCUCAAGAGAAGCAACAGCCAGCCUACAGCCAGUCCCCGAAGACGAAGACACCACCUCUACCAAAAAGCGAAAAACCAGAGUACAUUGGGAAAGCCCAAGUCCUCCGGAUGUAUUCCAGCCAGAACACAGAAGAGAAACCGGCAAAGCCAAGGGCCGAGUGCUGAGGACUGCCUGCCGCUUCACCCGUCUUCCUCGAGGCCCAGGCUCGGGGUUGUUUGCGCACCUUCCACCUCAACAGCAAUACCUGCUUUCCUAUCACAUGGAGCCUAUUAAAAUGCUGUCUUCCCUUUAAGAGGACGCUUCCACUCUCCCCUCAGUAGUAGGUCUGUGCUCCGGUCCUUUAUUCCAGGAGAGGGGACGAGCUACACCGAACCAUCCCCGUUCCCUUGGAGAAAGCCCAAAUGCCGCCGUCCACGUGGGCCUCCCUGGUUCUUUUCUGUUCAGGGAACUGAAGGGCAGAUGGUGGUUGGGGCGGCCCCUCCUUGACCCAAGACACACAGGGCUCUGAGUAGGUUAGAGCAGUGGUCCUUAGAAUAACCUUCAAUACGGUAAUUGAGUUCCUACCAGGCACUGAGGCAGGGACUUGAGUAAUAGCUAAUGAUGAACACUGCGUGAAUUGUUCUACGUGCUUCAUAUGCGGUACUAUAUUUGAUUCUCCCAAAAGCUCUAUGAGGUAGAGUAUUAAUAUUGUCACUCUCAUUCUAUAGAUGGAUAAACUGAGGCUCAGAAUGGUGAAAUAGCUUGUCCAAGGCCACACAGGAAGUGGCAGAGUCUGGAUCCAAACCCAACGUGCAUGGCUCUGGAAUCCCUGCUCUUAUCCACUGUACUCCACUGCCUUACAAACCGCAACCCUCACCAAAAGUUGUGGUUACAUUCCUGAAAAGCAUAAGGGUUAGCAAAAUAGUGGUUGUCAAGAUCAAGGAGGAGAGGGGCAUUAUAUAAUGUGACCCAGAUGCAGCUGGGGUGUCUCUAUCCUUUAAGAUCUAGAGAAGAUGGCCUUGACAAUUCGGGGAGUUCAAUGUCUUCCUUGAGAUUUCUGCAAAUUCCCUAGAGACGUGAAGGGAGGGAGGCAUUGAGGUUUCACAACGCCGUGGUCACCUAUGCCUCUGAGUGCCCCUUUCUGCUGAGUUCAGUCCCUGGAUUGUGGCUCCAUUCUUUACCUGCAGACUGCUCCACCUCACAGCAAUUCAGAUGGCUUUAGUCCCUCCAGGGUUUCCCAAAUACCCCAUUCACACAAAAUUUUCUGUGCAGUAGGCUUCAGUCAUAAUCAGAGUGGGGAUUUGCUCUGAAUCAGGCAAACACCUUCACGGUCCAUAUGAAAUUGCCUUGUCUUUAAAAGUCCUUGGCAAAUCUCCCACUGGGGAUGUUUCUCUGGCGGCAGCUUCUCAUAUAACAACUAUGCCCCUUGCCAUCCCGCUGGCUUUCUCCUCCCCUGUCCCCACCCCUGGCACUAGUUUGCCCCCAGGAA